AGAGUAGUCUCAUAUUCUAUUAACUUCUAAAUUAGUAAUGUCUUCUCUCGAAGUUCCGCCAUUACUCAAACCACAAACUUGCUUCGGUUUCUCUCAAGCUCGCCGCUUUACCACUUCUGCCACUGUUUUCUCUCUUCCAUUUCGCCAUUUCAGAACCCUUGCUUCUCCUCUUCUCACAACUCCUGCUCUUAAACUUCAAACCUCCAGAUCAACUCACAUUCCGGCCAUUUUGGACUCAGACUCCGGCGCCAUCGCCACCUCCGACCACUUAUCUGAACCUCCGGUCAGAAUUGUCGCCUUAGUAGGCCAUGGAACCCUCAGUCCUCUAAAAUCCGCACCUUGGCAGGAGGUCAUGCUCCACACUGCGAAGAGAUUGAAAUGGGUUGAUGAAGGGUAUGAAAUGAUAGUGUUUACUGAUGAUUUGACUCAAUUAGAUACUGAAAAUUGUGUGAAUUUGAAAAGGGAAUUGAGCUGUGCUGAUAUUUUGGUGAUUGUGGGUGUGAAAAACCAAGAGUCAGUGAAUUGGAUUCAAAGCAAUAGUGGGAAUAUUAGAAACAUAAUUUGCUUUGAAUCUUCUCCCAAUUUGGUGAAUAAAUUGGGAGGUUCAUAUGUAGAGAGUCAAAAUAAAGGGAGGCCAUUUUGGGGCCAAACAAAGAUAAGUAAUGAAACUGUAGAAGUGGUCAAGACUGUGUCUGAGGCUUGGGAAAGGCAUAAUUCUGAUGAUAUAAGAUUUUGUAUAUUAGUUAUAAUCAAUGCUUUUAUAAGGCCAGUCUCAAUUUUAAAGAAUCUGAGAUCAAAGGGGUUCUCUACUCUCAGUUGCAUGGUGAAGAAUUGUGGGAGUCAGAUACUAAAUUGUCUAUUGGAUCCUGACUGUAGAAAAGCAUUGCAGUGCUUGAAUAAUUGUAGUCCUGUGGAUCAAGUGUGUAACUAUCGGUGCAUUGCUUCAUAUGAAAGUCCUACAUUGGAAGCAUUUUCCUUGUGCGUUUUGCAGAAGCACAAUUGCCUUGGAUUAGAUGCUAAGAUUCCUGAAAGGCCUUAUGUGCCUCCCAUGUCGAAAUUUCGAGGGGAAGAAUUGUGCCAUGAAGUUGCUGAGGAUGUUUUUGUUGGCUGGUUGGGGGGUUUGGACUGGAGUUGGCGUGUAGUGGCGGGACAGAAUCCAGCUUAUGAUCAAUUCCCCUGUCAAUACCAGCUAUUUUACCGCGGAAAGGCAAAAGGGUCGUUUUGGUAUGAGCCAGUGUUUCAAGUGAAAACUCUUGAGGGGAAAAUGGUUUGGAGGAGGAGAAAGUACAGAGUUAAAAGGGGAAAAGUUGUUGGGACAUUUUACUUCAGUGUGUUGGACAAUGGGGUUGUGUCUAAUGAGUUUUGGACCAUAGUGGAUGCACCAGAUGAUCUUAGUUGGGGUUUGUUUCAUUACAGUGGAGCUGCUCGAGUUGCAGGACAAUCUUAUACUGGGGCAGUGCUUGUGAGUCCAGAUGGAGCAUACCCAAAUGAGAUGGAGAGGAAGAGAUUGGUUUCUGCUUUACAGAAAUGUGGAAUUGAAGAAUGGGAGCUUUAUACAGUUGAUAAUUGUUCAUGUGCAGAUCCUCCAUUAGGAAUUCCAGAGGGUUCAAAUUUGCAUUCUGUGAUUCAAGUUAAAGAAAUGGCCCAAUUGGGUGUUCAAAUUGGGGUACCGAAUGUCUGAAAAAAAAAAAAAAAAUUAAGUAGCAUUUACAGUAUAAUAAUUUGACUUUUUUUUUUCGUUUUUUGUUAAAUAUUCAAAGCUUGCAUUUUUUUUGAAACACCCAUCUUCAUUUUUAUCUAUUUUUUUUAAGCUCAUAAAGAUCCAAUCUUUGAUUGGUCUUGGGCUCUUAGAAUCUGUAACAAUUUCUUGCUCUUAGUUUUUUUGGUCUUGGUCAAACUCACAAAUCUUGUAUAUAGAAAUACAUAUUCCUUACUA